UGCGUGCUCGCAAGUGAUUACGCGCAAGCAGUCAAGUUUGCGACGUUCGAGGAUCCUUUGACUGCUGCAGCGUCUACGGUUGCGUGCGAAGCGUACACGCAGGAACGUUUUGCCUCCGGUAUGUGAAAGCCAGAAAUGACUCAGUCAUGUUCGGUUGUCCGUCUUGACAAUAGAUGGAGCUUGCAGGAGCGAUUCAUCUCAGAAUAGAAGCUCUUCGCCUCUUUUACGCAAUACAACUUCUCAUCAGCGUGAUCCGGAAGCACUGAUUGUCCUCAUUCGUGCACGGCAUGAGCUUCGCUGUGCCGAGCGUGUCUACAAACACUCAAUUCCGGUGCUUGUUUAUGGCCGCUGCUCUCUGCACCCUCUACCAUCAUGCUGUCGACCUUGCUGUACGCUGUGCAUGCAGCGUCAUCGCUGCUACGCCUACGACUGUGGGAUGUGCCUCAAUUCCCAUCUCUGGUCUCUGUCCACGACCUCAAUCACCAACAGUUCAUGCACGCCCCGAGCGGCGCGACAAAGUCAAUCGCCAUCGUGGGAGCAGGCAGUGGUGGUCUAGCAGCGCUCAAGACGAUCUUGGAUGUCGCGUCGGAUAUUAAUGCGAACUGGGAAGUGGUGCUCUACGAGCAGCAUCGUGACGUCGGUGGAUUGUGGCUCGCUGACGCCCCAGGGCCUGAACCCGACCCUCCAGAGCUUCCAGAGUCGCCAGUCUAUCCUCUUCUCAUUACCAAUACAGCAAAUCCCACUAUGACCUAUCCUCAUGUUCCCUUUCCGCCGGGAACGUCGCUGUUCCCAUCGUGGAAGGCCGUCCUACAAUACCAUGAGGACUUCGCAAAACGGUUCGACUUGACGCCGCAUAUCAGGCUGAACCAUACCGUUGUCUCAACACAGUGGCACGGACAUGACGAUUUUGGCGACUGGCACGUAGAGGUUCACUCGCCCUCGCCGGAUGCGGACUCGGGCGAGGAGGUCGUGCUCAAACGGACCUUCGAUCAUCUCGUCGUCGCCACUGGACACAACCACUACCCGCACAUACCGACGUGGAAUGGCACGGACGACUGGUUAGCCAAUUCGCGCGCUGGCUCUCCGAAGCGGCAGAUCGUGCACUCGAUAUACUACCGCCACCCGAAGGAUUAUGCGAACCAGAGCGUCGUCCUUGUCGGGACGGGGGCAAGCGGACGGGAUAUCGCUCUGCAAGUGGGCCCGUUAGCCAGGGUGGUCUAUCAAUCUGUCAGGGAAAACAAAACCACCACUCCCGGCGCGGACGUCAUCGAGAAACCAGAGAUCGCGUACUUCACCUCGGACACCAUCGUCUUCAUUGACGGCACAGUAGUCGAAGAGGUUGACACAGUGAUUCUUGCAACGGGUUACGAGUUCCGCAUUCCGUUCCUCACCGCGCCGCAUGCUUCGACAUUGGUCACGAACCCAAAUACGCGGGAGACCUCGACUACCGCGCAGUAUCCCGUCACCAACCUGCGUUACAUCUUCCCUCUGUACCGGCACAUAUUCAGCCUCGCGCCGGCAGUCCCACCUACGGCGCUUACCUUCAUCGGGCUCCCUGUGCUCAUCGCCAACUGUCCGUCAGACUAUGCGCAGGGCAUGUUCAUCGCGCACGCGUUCGCGAACGAGUCUCUCCUGCCUCCACGUGAAGAGAUGCUAGCAGAGCUGGUCGCGCGCGAGGAGGCCCUCCGCGCGCAGGGCUUCGACCCGUACUUCGUUGGGCAUCGUCUGCAGAAUGACAACGAGGCGCAGACAUAUCAGGAUGACCUCGUGGAGUACCUGAAGAAGCACGGGGCACUCCCGGAUGACGGGCAGAAGUAUGUCGAGCAGUGGCGCCGGAUGGGCAGGCAGGAGGGCCCGCUGAUCUACCGCGGCUGGCAGCGUGUGCGGAGUCUUGGUGAAGAGGACGAGUGGCUGCGGAACGUGCGUACGGAGGAUGAGUGGGCCGAUUUGUUGAGGAGGCUGGCGGAGUGGCAGAGGAAGAAGUGGGAGGAGGAUGGGCACCAGCCAGUGUCAGCGGCGGUCUUUCCGGAUGAGUAUGACUUGUAAAACUAUUUCAUUGACGAUGCGCAGAAUGAUUGUGGUGUUCUUCUCUAGCUGUGAAUUUAUUUCGGCCCCGGCAAACCUUUUUGAGCAGCAAAAGCGCGCCCAUUGCAAGGUGACAGAGUUCAUGUACAGGCUAUACAUCUGGCACGCGUGCCUUCCCAAUCUGGAUAGAGCCCGAUUCCUAC